AUGGAAACGGAACCGGCGACCAUGGAAACAGACCCAGCAACCGUGGAAACAGAACCGGCGACCAUGAUCCUCACCGAUCGUCCCGCAAUUACCUAUGAAUCAGCCGUCGCCAAGGAAGAGGACAUGAUUGUCAAAUGCCAAGACUACCCAGAGACCAACAGCCUGUACAUGAAGCUCUGGGACCAGAGCGACGCCAUCUCGGCGCUGACGCUGCACCAUCUGGGCCUCAGCGGCCAGCACACCUGCAGCGUGUCGCACCCCAGCCAGUGGCUGCGCGGCGCGUUCAACGUGUGCAUCCCCGUGCAGGUGCAGCAGAGGCACGGCGCGCUGGACCUGCUGCUCCGCUGCCCGAUGCCGCACAAGGUGGCCGAGAAGCGGCUUCCGGGCACGCCCGAGGAGAAGCUGGCCACAGAGGUGGCAACGUACGCCUGGAUGCAGGACAACGUGCCGCACAUUCGCAUCCCGCAUCUGUAUGGCCUGGGCUUUCGCGGCGGCGAGCAGUUUACACAUUCUAGGCAGCGAUCCCUUGUUCGCCGCGUCAUUCAUGGGCUGCGCCGCUUCGCAAACCGUCUGCUGGGGCGGCCGGCGCUGUCCAAUUACACACUUCACACGAGUGCGGCCGCGCUCGGCUUCGACAGCUCGUACAUGCUUUUGGAGUACGUGAGAGAAGAGCAGGGCACCAUGCUUGUUGCAACAUGGAUGGAGCACAAGGGGGACCCCAAGCACCGCAAGACCCUCUUCCGCAAUCUGUCCAAGAUCAUGCUCUCGCUUGCCUCGAUCCCGCAGCCCCGUAUUGGCUCUUUUCGGUUCAACAGGGACGGCACCAUUGCGCUUGCCAGCCGCCCCGUCACCGCCUCGAUGAUGGUGCUCGAGAAUGGCACGGCCCCGCGGACCAUGGCGCCGGACACGACAUUCCGCACGGCCCAGUCGUACGCUGCGGCGAUGCUCGACUUUCACGACGACAAGUUCCUGGCGCAGCCAAACGCCGUGUUCGACGAGGCGGAUUGCCUCCUCCAGAUGGCCGUGCACACCAGCUUCCGCUUGCAUGCGUACCGCUUCAUCGGCCAGGACUACAACCACGGCCCGUUUGUGCUGCAGCUCACCGACUUGAACGCGGGCAACAUCUUUGUCGAUGCCGACUGGAACAUUACCUGCCUGGUCGAUCUCGAGUGGACCUGCAGCCUGCCGGUGGAGAUGCUUUCUCUUCCGCACUGGCUCACAGAGGCGUCGAUUGAUCAAAUCUGCGACAAGGGAUAUCACGCGUACAACGAAAUCCGCCUAGAGUUCAUGGCGGUCCUGGCCGAGGUCGAGCGGGAGCUGGGCAACAAGCACAGCGUCGCGCUCUCCCACGUGAUGGAGCGGGCGUGGCAGUCUGAUGCGUUUUGGUUCUGGAGCGCGCUCAACUCCAUCAAUGCCAUGUAUCGACUCGCGAUGGAUCGCCUGUCCCCGCAGCUCGCGGAUGACAAGACCCAGGAAGCCAUGGCACUGUUCUGGCCGACAGAAGCUCGUGAUGAGGUGGUGAAGCGCAAGCUGAAAGAUAAGGAGAGAUAUGAUGACGAGCUGAGAUGCUUGUUUGAGAAAUACAAUCCAGGCAAAGUUGUCAAGGUACACGAACAGAGCGAUACAAAGGACGACAAGGCUGAUCUGGAUGAGACCAAGGUCGACAAAGGAGAAGAAGACGCCACGAUUGACGAGUCAGAGCCCGCCACCGACGGCAAUGGUCAAGAAGGCAACAGCUCAGAGUCCACCGUGGACGGAAGUACUCAAGAAAAGGACGAGUCUGGAAAUGAGGAACCAAAGUGCGGCGUGGACAGUGUCUGA